AUAUAUUUCGAUAUUUCAUUUGCUCUUUUGCUCGUCUGUUAUCCGCUGACCAAAGCCACCACAGCACAUACCAGGAACACAAGUGACCAUAACCGUGGCCGCUUCAAAAUAUCCAUCUUCCUCGCCGUGUGUUUGUUUUGAUACUUGUAAAAGAUGGUUUUCUUGGAGAGGGCUGCUGGAUGAGCUGCGUAAGUUUCUGCACACGGAAGAAUGAGGGCCAGAAAAUGCUGACACAGAUUUCCUGUCAGGAUAUUGUCACAUGAGGGGGGGAAGGUGAAACGACUUUACACUUCAUAAACUUCUGGAGAAAUCAGUUGAACUCUGAACAGCGGCGAGGUAGGGACAUCUUACUCGAUACGUGUCACAGCUUUCAUUUUAGAGGUAAAAAGAUUUGGUAUUAAAGAGCUCUCUUUUUCUCUGCUUGCUGGUGAGUUACCUCUGGACUUGAGCUGCAUUUGUCUCCUGGAAAAAAUGGCUUUUAGAGCAUUUAGACAAGCACAUGUCUAUGAAAAGCAAGCAGUCUCAAAAGAUAAAGCUAAAUCCAGCAUCCAGUGUCUUGAGUGCUAUGACCGAAAUGUUUACAUAGGGACCAAAGAUGCAACAGUCCAGCACCUAAUUCUUACUAGUAGCUCAAAUGGAGACCUGAGUCCUGGCCAGAGCAAAACCAGAGAAGGUAGGGCAAGAAAACUAGGCUCAAGCAACUCAGUAAUCCAACUGAGGGCAGUCCCACUUUUCAACCAUCUGCUAGUCCUGUGGGACCGGAGCGUUACUGCCCUCAACAUGUUCUCCUUAGAGCCUGUUCCGACUCUGCGGAAGAUCCAGGAUGUGUCUUUGUUUGAGGUGUGCGACUCGUCACUUGGAACAGAACCGGCUGCGUGCGUGGAGAUGGUGACGACCUCCAGUCGCAGGAAAGUUAUCCGGAUACAUGCGGUGGGAGUAGACAGGUGGGAGGUUGUGAAGGAAGUCUCUCUGCUCCAAGAUCCCAUGGCCUUGGCUGUAGAUGGCGAGAGCCUCUGCGUUGCCUCCAGCGACAAAUAUCUGCUCUGUGACAUCCAGACUGGGAGCAAAGAGGAGCUUUUUCCUCACAAUCACAGCAGGCAACAUGUUGUUGUAACCUCAGUGGGGAGAGGGGAGUUCCUCCUGAAAGGGCCCGAAAAUUUAGGCAUGUUUGUGAUGAAGACGGGGAUAUGCCGGCGUCCUCCCCUGCAGUGGCCUCAGGAGGUGCUGGCAGCAGGAGUAUGUUUCCCUUACGUCCUAACCCUGCAGCCCCAAAUGCUGUCUGUCUACAGCAUGUUAGAUCAGCAGUGCAAACAGACCGUGAGCAUCAUCGGAGCGAAGGGUCUGCUUUCCACACCAGAUGGCGUGUUAGUGUUCACGGAGGGAGACAUUUUCAGCCUGAGCCUGGUGCCACUCGAGGAGCAGAUUCAGACGCUGGCGGGACACGAGCGGGUUGAGGAGGCCUUAUCACUGCUGGAGGGUGUCCAGAGCCAUCGUCCUGUUGACUCGCACAAGUGGCAGGAGCUGCACAAGGCCAUCACUUGCCUCGCUGGAUUUGUACAUUUUUACCAGGAGGGGUUUUCCCAGGCCAGAGAUCUAUUUAUUAAAGGUGACUUGGACCCCAGAGAAAUCAUCUGCCUCUAUCCCAGCAUGCAGUCGUGUCUCAGCGAGGACUUUCAAUCUCGUCCUCAUCAAGCGAACAAGGGCAGAGAUCUCCAGGUGCUCUGGCAAGAGGACAGAAACACUUUUCUUCAUUACCUGGCCUUCCUGGGAGACUUUCUCAGAGCAGUGAGAGGGACGGAGCAGGGCCUGAAGAGCAGUAAAGAGGUGGACAGCGCCCUCCUGAGGCUGUAUGCAGAACUGGAGGACACUGAAAACCUGCAGCAGCUGGUGACUUUGCCCAAUGAAUGCAGCCUUGACUGGUGUGUUCCUGUUUUGGAGCAGCACGACAGGUUUUUCGCAUUAGGUUCCCUAUAUGAAAGCCAGGGAAUGGAAAUUGAUGCAAUAAAGACUUGGGUGAAGAUUGCAGAUGGCUUCCAAAAUGACCCCUCCUGCUCGGAUGUAUACGGGCACAUUGUGAGGACUCUCACUCAGCUGGAAGACAAAGAGACUGUGUGGACAUUUGCAGAUUGGGCGCUGCAAAGAAACCAAGAGGCAGGUGUGCAGGUUUUCGUCAAGCGUCCGCCAGAUGGUCGGUUCGAGACUCAGGAUGUCCUUGCUCUCUUGGAGAAGUAUCCCCUGGCAUUGCUUUUGUAUCUUGAGUUUUUAAUCCGUGAUCUGAACAGUGAGGAGGAGAGCCAUCACAGCCGUCUGGCCCUGGCAUAUGUUACUCAGACGCUGCAAGAGGAAGAGGAGACAGAGUCAAAUGCGAGGGUCACUAGAAGGAAGUUGCAGCAGCUGCUGUGGGAAUCCAAAUUCUAUGACAACUCCACGGUGUAUGAGAGAGUAAAGUCAACAGCCCUACACCCAGAGAAAGCCAUUCUUCUUGGUAGGACUGGUGAACACUCUAAGGCACUACAGGUGCUAGUUCAUCAAGAGGGAGACCUCCAGGCUGCAGAGGCCUACUGCUGCAGGGCUGCCCAGGGCCAGGACUCACAGGCCAGGCAGGUCCUGCUGCUCACCCUGCUCCAGAUCUACCUGGCCUCCAGGGACCUCGCAGGAGCCGCAGUGGAUCUGCUCAACAGCCACGGUCGGGAUUUUGAAGUGGAGGAGGUAAUCCAGCUCCUUCCGGAGUCCUGGUCCGUGCAGCUCGUCUCACGGUUUUUAGUUGGAUCCCUCAGGGCAAGCUUCCACCAGAAGCAGAUGGCACGGUUGCAACGGGCUUUGGCCCAGGCAGAGCUCUCCACGCACAAGGUCAUUUGGAUGCAGGCCUCAAAAACGCAGAUCAGGGUGGACAAGGGGCUGAAGUGCAGGGUUUGUCAGAGAGACCUUGCACAGCCGCAGUUCGCCUAUAACCUGCGGGGUGAGUUGAUGCACACAAGCUGCAUCAGUUACUCUGCAUUGUAAAGACAUUGUUACUCAAGUCUGUUGUCCGUGUCUGUCUGGAGGCUCAACUUCCGGACCAGAUCAAUUUUCUGGUACAUAAACUCAAUUCAUGGACUCUUUCUUUUUGUGGAUAUGACUUGUUCUCUAGAAAAAAUACAUUGUGUAAACGUCUGGUUUCCAAAUGCAAAAGAGCAAGCGGUGCAUUUUUUAGGGGCGGCACGUCUGAGCCAUUUCCUAGAGACACUGUAGACUUCAAUAGCUAUAGAGUGAAGUGUGGAGGACUCUCUUUCACUGAUCAGACCAUGGAGUUUUACAGGGAAACCACCGGUGGUCAACCUGACGACCAGAGGGAAUGUGACCAGCCUCCACUUCUGUAUAUAUGCAUCCCCGCCAUCAUGCUUUCCACUGUGCAUAUUUGUCCGCAUAGAGCUGGAAAUAGAAAGUCAAUAACACAGAGGCUGCACGUGAGACACUUUUUUUUUAUUGAGCUCAGCAUUAAUACACAUUUACGACCCCCUCGAAUCCUCCGCCGUCCUAAAAUUAAAGUCCCAAUUACAGGUUUAAAAAUGAAACACAAACACGCAAACAGGUUGAGGAAGUGCAGAGAUUUGGAUGGUUUAUUUUAUAAACUAAUUUUACAAGCGACCAAAUGACAUGUCUGUGUUGUCCAGGGAAUACGAAAUCAGGGUUCCACUUUACCGCCGUCGUCCCCGUAUCAUUAGGGGGAGUGGGGGGCGGGGGGGCAUCUCAGGUUCAAAAUAAUAACACACAAGCCCCUGUGUCUCCGCAGCAUGGAAGUCUUCAGAAUAAACUUAAACACAUGUCAUUAAGUCAGAUGACAGCAGACCUGUGACGCACUUGUCUAUUGGCGCUGUAAUUUUGUCAUUAAGGCUAAGCUGUUUCUCCAUCCCGAUGCAUUUUGAGGCAAGACGCCUAAAAAGGUUGGAACUGUACCUUUUUUUUGGGGCAUUUGGGCUGCCUUGUAAUGCAUUGGCUGGGGGUGGGUGACUAAUUAGGAAAUGGAUAAAUCAUUUACUGCUCUUUGUGAUUUGUUUGCCAAGAUUUCCUCAGUUUUCCAGUUCCAAUUUUCUAUCGUUCUUAUUGAGGGUCUGAGAGUUGUGCUUUUUUAACACUUCAUGUUGAAACUUCUCUCUUCGAGUGGAUAAAUUAAACCUCUGAUUCGUGCAAAUAAACCGACUCGCGAAAACCUUAUUUUCUGCUUUCUGCUUUCAUGUGGCUGCAGGAAAAUUGCCACAUCCACUCCUCUGUAUCGGCCCCCUGUAAUUGUUAUAGUCUAGCCGUCCAGUUUUAAUCUUCUGUUAAGUAAUUGUAAGCACCCCUUGGACGGACAGUUGAAAGGUAUUGGAGCGGAGAAAAACAUAAAGCAUGGUUGUUGUUGUUGUUUUGUGCCUGUUUUGAGAUAUGAAAAAAGGGACCUCUUACAGUUUAUAUGGACCGGCUGUGAUGUGACGGCUGCUGCUCUCUGAGUGGCUGAUCUUUCGGGCCGUGUCUGAUGACUAGCGACCUCUGGGUGGACCCAGGGACACCAUGUCCACUCCUUCCUCCUCAUGGACCAUUAAUGUUGUUUUGAACGUUUGAGGUUAUGGAUUCAAAAGUGUUUUUCUCACCUUUGAUGUCAGCCAACAAGUAACCGACAGGUAAAAAUAAACAGACGUAAACACAAA